AUGUUCCUUUCAAACAAGCUCACCCUCUCUGGCCUUGCACUCAUCGCUUCAGUGGCUCUGCACGUCAGCGCUGCCAGCUACACAGGAUGUGUAAGCAGCUACGAUGAUGCUUCGAUACAAGCUAGCGAAAUCGAUGUUCCUCUGGGUCUAUGCACCGGCAUAUGUUCAGAGGUGGGAUCACCAUUCAUGCUGUACCAAAGCUCCACUGGGAAUUGUUAUUGUUCUUCUACCUCGCAAACUGCCAAUAGAUACGUUCAAGGUGCAGAUAACCAAGGCGGUUGCGCCAACUCCGCGAAUUACCAGACUUACGCUCUCAAGACUACUUUCGAGUUUCAAGGUUGUUAUUCCAAUAUGGAGACUGAUAAUGCUCCAGACAACGUAGACAACUUCGAACAAUGUUUCGCAUCAUGUGCCACAGAGGGUUCGGUCAUGUUCAACCCCUACGCUCUAGCUCCUUCUUUCGGUUGUCGAUGCAAUGCUCCCAAUACUAUCCAAGGCGGUAGUGGUAAUGAAGUCACCUGUGGAACCUAUACCUGGUACACUUUCACGCAUACUGCAGAAGCCGCUGCCAGUGAUCUAGCGAGGAGGAUGAUGAAAGAGAGAUUGUUGCAACUCAAAAGAGAAAGUCAGACUCUCUGUCCUCAAGGUAAUAAAGCUUGUGUCGUCCCCGGUUCAGCUUCUUACGAGUGUGUCGAUACUCGAACGGAACUUGAGUCGUGCGGAGGAUGUUUGCACGGCGAAUACCAGGCUACUUCCAAUGUCACUCUCGGAACUGACUGUUCAACUCUACCUGGGGUUGCUCUCGGUGCUAUCACAUGCAGUAACUCGCAAUGCGAGGCUUUCGCUUGUAAGAAAGGGUACGAGCUGGCGUCUGGUCUCUGUGUGCCCAUAGCUUAG